GCUUUCAGCUUUCACCAGUUGAAUGAACUAUAUAUAAAAGGUUUCGCUACAUGAGGGUCAUGUGAGGUAGUAUUUAGAAGUUGUCAUAUGGACGAAGUCCGCUUAUAUUUAUUUUAAUAUCCAAAGGCCAUUCUUUUUGAAAUCAAAACUAUUCAGAGAAUUUCCUAUGCAACUAAUGCGCCGCUUCUCUGCACUCGAAAGUCGAAUGUUAUAUGAUUUCCUGGUUUCAACCCCGCGAUCAGAUAAACACCUAGACGCGCCAAUCGCCGCGCACCAGUAUAUACCUUCGCGACUGAUUUCAGACAAUCCGUGCCCGAUAAUUCGAACAUACGUUUUCCAAAACCGUAAUUGUACAAGUAUUUGACCAAAGAGGUGUUUGUUCAUUAUUGGCGAUCUUAUUGUUUCUAUUGCCAACUCUAGUUUUCAUGAUAGAAUGGGAACCGUAUGGAUCCUUGGGAACGUCCCUUGAAAGCGAAUUGGGAAGUUCAUCCACUACAGAAAUAUAAAGCGUCUAAAUUAUUCUAGAGAAUAUGGCUCCAGAAGGGCAACAAGACAAGCAGCAGGAAAUGAAAGACGCAAUUGAACAGCUGGAAAAUGUUGCUCCCCUCCCGCCAAAGCAGCGACACACGAACGUCGCUGAUCUGGCGAAAUCGAUCGCGUCCGCCGCUUACGAGUCAGGCAUUCCAACUCAUCUGCUAGAGCGCCUAAUCGCCACCAUCUCAAAAUCCAAGCAUCUAGACCAAACGACGAUAACCACUAUAGUAAAGAAUCUCUACCCAUCCGAGCGCGUGCGCCCUCGCACAGCUUCAAUGGUCAUAUCCUGCUUCGGACCCAGCAGAAGCAAGCCAUCGCCUGCAACCCAAUCCUUACUCAUACGCUGGCUAAUUCUAGUGUACGAGGAUAUGGAAGACCAAUCAUGCCUGUCAAGGCUCUAUGCUGUCUUGUUUAAUUUCCUGGACAUGAUCAGCCUACGCAGGUCACUAUGUCAUCUUCUCUCGCUAAUCACACGUAGGAAACACAUAAAGCCAUUCCGCAUUCAAGCGCUCAUGGAGCUAAUGAGAAACACCGGCGGCGAAGAGCGGGAGCUUCUGGGCCUGCUGAAAGUUUUUAAGAGCUAUUAUCCUGACAUCAUUGUUGGGGAUGCCUACGCAUCAAGUGGGCGUGCAACUUACUUCUUCAAACAUCCCGAUCCUGAGUGGGUUAAACAGAUGAGGCAUAUUCAAGAACGAACUGCCCCUUCAGGAUUGCCGGGUAAUGGUCAAGGCGCUCCGCAGACUUUCCAAGCUGUGCGGCGCGGGGGGGUGAAAAGGAGUCGAAUUGAGGUUGUUAUCCCAGUCGUGCAGACCUCGCGAGUCAAGCGAGAUUUCACAUCACUGGAGGAAUUACGGAGUGCAAACGAUUUCGUCCGGAAACUGGACAGGAUCGAGGUGCCGAAUCAGGUUGCUGCGGCCUUAGUGGAUCCGCUCGCGCAAAGGUAUUUGCUGUUCGUGAGGAAUGAAGCAGCGACACAACGGUUAGAGAGCUGGUUGGAUAGUUUUUUUGAGGAUGAACUGGACCGAAUGCGAGCGGUGAGGGAAGGAGAGGAUGAAGUAAAUGACUCAGAACAUCUUGAAUAUGUACUUGAUGCCCUUGUUGGGUUUGUGCGGUUUACCAAGAGUAUGCCUGAAGCUGUGGAUAAGUUUCUGCGCAAAUACCUCCUUUUCUGGAACGGCCAUGACAGCAGAACUACCAUCCUUGGGCUCCUGGAGUAUAUACCCAUACAAGACUACGAUACCCUUCGACAAAAUUACUUCAUUCCAUUAGAGGAUGCUAUUCUAAGUGAUCAACCCGAGUCAAAAGUUGUCAUGCUUCAAUACUAUUCGUCUUUAAUCCAACAUUGGGGUUCAGUAAUCCGCGCUACUCCUUCUCUUUCCCCUAUACCUCCUUUACUCCAACUCAUUAGCAGGGCAGAGCUCCUUGCCCUAACUGUCCUCGAGAGCUCACCGGGGACUAAGUGGACAGGAACCAUUCAAAAAAGAUCCACUACGUUAUCGGUACUUCAGUUUUAUACCGACCUGGCAGGACUUUACAGCUAUGCGCCCAAGAAUGCCAACAUACGCAUCACGGUCCCGCAACCGCAAAUAAUAUAUAUACUUGCGUUCACACAGACACUAAGCCAUAUAUCUACGCUAUGUUCCGUACUGGCAGUGUAUAAGCAUUCUUUCGAAACUUCACUUACGUCAGCGACGCUUCAAAGCACCAGGACGCCCGAUCAACCGUAUUCAACAGAAGUAGUGUCUCGGUUUAAUGGUUACGUGAUUGAUAUUUGCAACCUGUUGUGGCGAAACAGAGGCUUAAACUCGGACGAUCCUAAUGCCUUGGGCUGCAUUGUUCCACCUGGAACGGUAAAUGAGCUCUCGAAGUAUAUGCAGGCGUUGAGCGAGACGUCUAGUUCCGCUAGUGGUGAAAAGCACAAAUACCAACUUUCUUCUAUAUUUUCAUUAAGUCAAAAUGCCGCAUUUUGCAACGUCUCCUCUGCGUGUUUCAGGGGGAUUGAAGAAGCAUUAGCUGAUACUCAAGGGAAAUCAUUGUCCGUGCGAUUGACAAGGCCGGUGACGCAGAGGGCGCUAGCUGCGCUAGAUAAAGAGGGAGGUAUAACGAUAAACUGGCAAGAAUACAGAUUAAAGAUGCUUGAAUGGCUGGACGAAAUGGGAGCUGAAGGAGUUGGGAAUCUGAUGCGGAGUACAAUGAAAGCGUUGCGGUAGUAGUGUACAUGAGAUUUGUAUAUUCGAUGGUUACCGAGGGCCGAUUGAUCCUAUUGUUGUUUCUGAUUAUAAUGUAGUUGAAUUGGUAUAUAUAUCCUGGACGGUGGGUUCCUCUCGAAUUGCACUCAGGAUCUCCUCGAUUUUAUCUGCAUCUUCUCUCGAUUGCAGUUCCACAACCGUGUCCUUAUUCGGGUCCCAAAUAAUGUCAGCGGUCUCGAUUUUCAAUCCAGUCAGUGCUGAAAGUUUAUCACCAACAGCCUUCGUAUCUGCGUACUCUGCGAAUACUCUGAGCCGACCUUGAUCGUCUGUAUCCACAUCAAUAGCUCCAGCAUCAAUGGCAUGCUCCAGGUGGUCAUCUACGUUCAAGCCUUCGACCUUCUCAAAUACGAUUCUGC